AGUAAGCUAUUUUGGUGGGGGAGUUGAAAGAAAAAGUAGUUGAGAUCCUCAGAAAUUGAAGCAUUUGUUGGAUAUAUUGACAAGUGUUAGCUCAACCCUUACAUAUCUACCAACAUAUGUUACAUCGAUAAACCAAAUCAAAUUAAAACACAACCAAAAUUAAAUAACAAACAUACAAUUGUUGUAAGAAAAACAAGAAAAAACAAACAAACAAGUAAUUAAGCUACUACUAGUGAAUCAUAUCAAGAAAAAUAUGGCAAGUCCAGGUUCAUCGUUUCCGGCAGCCGAGGCGGAGAAAGAGUUGAAUCCAGCCUUGAACACUGAUUUUCAGGUCGAUCCCGUUUCUGCGCAAGUUACUACGUCUAAGCAAAUGAAGGAAGAAUAUGAAGCAGCAGAAAGGAAAGAAGAAGAGGAAAAGAAGAAAGAAGAGCUAAAGAAGAAAGAAGAGGAAAAGGACAAAGCUGUCCAGAAUUUCAAAACCGCCGUCAUCAUCUCCGGAAUCAUCGUCGCGGUGGCCGGUGCAGUCUUCGCCAUUACCAAAAAACUCCGAGAGAAAUGAUUUUAUUCUUAAUCUUUAAUUAAUUAGUGUCCUUAUAAACAUGCAUGCAUGGCUUCAUUUUUUUUUUUUUUUGCAACAAGUGUUGGAUUACAUUUUUUUCAUCAACAA